AUGUCUUAUUCUUUCUGUAUAAACAAGAGGGCUUGACUUGGAAGCUCAAAAAUUAAGAAGAUUCACUUGAGCUUGUUCUUAGUGUGUUUCCUAGCUCUGGUUAACCUCACCCAGAGUAAAGAAAUAGUCAUUGAUACGAGACAAGAAGGAAACUCUAGGUUUAUCACGACUGAAGUGGGAGACACUGUUACUUUCAUCUUGGAGUCAAACCCAACUACAGGGUUUAAAUGGCAUAUCGCCCAGGUCUUAAUGACUCAGAAUUACAUGUACAAUAUUGCGAAUGGGCAAUAUGAACAAGAUCCGGGACCAGAAGGCAUGGUUGGCAGAGGUGGCACAGAGAAAAUCACUGUUUCUAUUGACAGACCAGGUAAAGAACUUCUGCAGUUGGUAUACGCACGUCCUUGGUUGUUGUAUAAAAUCGAUAAAAUGGAUGAGCAAGGAUUUUGGGAUGUUGAGCCAGCAAAAGCAACUUCUAUUAAUUAUGAAGUGUACGCAGAAGCUGAUGGAGAUCUUUAGAAAUUUACAAGUGUUUUCCUCUAA